GAGACUCUCAGCGCUACUAUGCAGCAGUCGGAUGACACGCUUGUUUUUUAGAAUAGGCUUUUGGAGGGAGGUUUAGAUAAAUGCUGUGUAUAUAAAAAAACAUAGUUUAUUGAACAUGUUGAAAACAUAUCGCGGAAAAGUCGUGGUCUCUCUUGCGGGAGCCACCGUCACCUGUCUGGGGUUUCUGUUGUUUCUCUCGCAGCAUCAGCGGAUUCAGGCGGACGGGAUGCAGAACGAGAGCGAGGUCGGGUUGCGCUCGCUCCAGAGUCUGGGAGAUUCAGAGACUGAUGAUGGAGCUCAGCCUGAGCAGAAUGCAAAGAAAGGAUUCUCUGCUUAUUUUUCCAAGCUGACCCGCAGCAGGAGGGAAGCGGAUAAGCCCAGCGAGGCACCCGGAGCGGCGACAGACGCGCCGCCUGCGGAGGACAUCAGCGCGGAUGACAUCUUCAUCGCAGUGAAGACCACUAAAAAGUUUCACCGGUCCAGACUGGAUCUACUUCUGGACACCUGGAUCUCCAGAAACAUGCGACAGACAUACAUCUUCACAGACGGCGAGGAUGAGGAGCUGAAGAAGAAAAUUGGAAGCCAUGCUAUCAACACCAACUGCUCUGCUGCCCACAGUCGCCAGGCUCUGUCCUGCAAGAUGGCUGUUGAAUAUGACAAGUUCAUUGAGUCUGGAAAAAAGUGGUUCUGUCAUGUGGAUGAUGAUAACUAUGUGAACACAAAGACACUUGUGAAGUUGCUCUCCAACUACCCCCACACUCAGGACAUGUACAUUGGCAAACCUAGCCUGGACAGGCCAAUUGAGGCUACAGAAAGACUUGGGGACAACAAAAUGAGACCUGUGAAUUUCUGGUUUGCCACUGGAGGAGCUGGUUUCUGUAUCAGCCGUGGGCUUGCUUUGAAGAUGAGUCCAUGGGCAAGUGGUGGCCAUUUCAUGAACACUGCUGAGAAGAUCCGUCUUCCUGAUGACUGUACCAUUGGCUAUAUCAUCGAGUCAGUUCUUGGGGUCUCUUUGACCCGAAGCAGCUUGUUCCACUCGCACUUAGAGAACCUGCAACAGGUGUCCAAAUCAGAAGUACACAAACAGAUUACAUUGAGUUACGGAAUGUUUGAAAACAAGAGGAAUAUCAUCAACAUGAAAGGGGCUUUCUCUGUUGAGGAGGACCCAUCCAGGUUCAAGUCAGUGCACUGUCUGCUGUAUCCAGACACUCCUUGGUGCCCUCCUCAGGUUGCCUACUAAGGCGACCGGCUCCUCUGUUGUAUCCUCGUCUCUCACUGCCUCGGUAUCUGAAAGGCAUGAGGGACCAGUGUGGUAUUGGGCUGUGUGACCGCUGCGUUUACUCUGCAGUGGCGCACGGCCUUUCGCGGUUAUUCUGGGCUGCUGUGCGGCCCGCCUUUAAACAGUUCCUUCCUGCCUGGUGCCUGAGCUUCCUGUCCGACUCAGACACGACGCAGGGCCCGGCUUUCAGAAGGACGCUUCCAUCGCCAAGCUUCGCAUGCAAUCAACUGUGCUUUACGUCAUUACUGUUGCUUGUAUCCCAUUUGCAAUUCUCAUAGAAUGUAACUUUCUAGUAUACCCAAGCCUUUUGCCAGCUUUAUACGCUUAGUUUUUAAAUUGGAAUUAGCAAAUACUUUAUAUUGAUUAUUUCUCUCUCCAAAUCUCAUUCAGGACGUUUUUUUAUCCCUCAGGUUUGAUUUAACGAUUGAUUUCCAAAAGAAAUAUUCUGAGAAAAUCAGUAACGUAGGUGCUUUAAUCAUCUAAAGCAGUGUUUCUCAACCACGCUCCUGAAGGACCACCAGCAUUGCACAUUUUACAUGUCUCCCAAACCAAACACACCUGAUUCAGAUCAGCAGCUCAUUAGCAGAGAAUGAAAGACCUGUAAUGCUGUGACAGACUAAGGAACCAUCCGAAACAUGCUGUGUUGGUGGUCCUCUAGGAAUGCGGUUGAGAAACACUGCUCUAAAGGACUCCGGACACAAUUAAUGAAAUGAAGGUCCUUUUUAUUUGUGAAUUUCUUUCUUUAAUGUCAGUGUUAUUAUAAUUAUUAUUGCUGUUUAGUUGAUUUUGACAUUUUGUGCUGGCAAUAGGCAAAUAUUCCGAACAUGCUGGCAGGUUGUUUUAAUCUGCAGUAUAUGAGGUUUGAGCACUUUUCUCCCUAAAAUCUGGGCAUUUUAUUGUGAUUUUAAAUCUUAAAGCUGUGUGAAAUAAUGUAUCAAGUGCCCUAAAUGUUAAGAUCUUUAUAUUAUUUAAUGCCAAUGCAUUCACACAAUCUUUGCAGAUAUAUAUGAAGAGAUUUUUGGCAUGAUUUAUUAAAAUAUUUUAUUGUUAGCUUUUGCUCAAAGAUGUACCUAAGUGGGAGUUGCACAGCUUGGUUUAAAGAAACUGUUGGUUGCUCAAGUAAAGCGUCUCAUAGCAAUGGCGUUUACUGUUGUGAAUUGGCGCCAGGGCCACUGUCAACACAAUGUACAUUGUUAAAACAGAUGGCAGCUAAAGUUGAAGACGUGUUUAUAGCACAGAUCUGAGUUCUCUGAUCCCUUUUGCACAGAGUGGUCUGGCCUAGAGCCACAGUUUCACAGUUGGACAUCACUAUGCCAACUAUACAAAACAUGCUAAGUGAGAGCUUGACAUGAGCAACAACAGUGAUCCUAACAGAGUUUCGGUUUCUCUUUGGGAAUGACCCAUAUUGGGUGAGCCUGUAUAUCUUAUUUUAAAGCAGUAUUUAUGUACUGUGCUAUUUGAAAACAACUGUAUUUGUACAUAAUUGUUUAGAUAUUAUUUGCAUUCGGUCACUUGUGGAUCAGACCUGGUUCUGAUGAUUCCUAUCGUGUUUUUUAAUGCUCUGAAUUUCGCUAAAGGCUGUAAGUUACAUUCCAGUAUCUGGAGUCAUUGUUCAAAUGUUGUCAUCUCAGGGAUCACAGUCCUGAUGUUGUUACCUUGGGCUGCCUUGGUAAUUCAGCUUUUGAAUAAAGCAGCAUAUUCGCUAAAAAA